AUAUUAAGAAAACACGGCCAAAAAUUAUAAUUUAUAAAAAAUAAAUUAAGAAAACAAAUAUGUCAGGCAACAAAUAUACGGACUUGGUGAAAUUAGGAACUCAAUAUGCCACGCGUAUGAAUUAUUUGUCAAAUCGUAUAUUCGGUGAAGUUGCUCGCACAACAAAUAACAAAUCCAUGAAGGUAAUCCGCAUGUUUAGUGAGGAGCCGGUGCAACAACGCGACUAUGUUGUCAAUUGGUAUCCUCGUCACGUAGAGACACAUUUGUUAAUGGUGAAUCUAAGACAAUACGGUCUGUUCCGUGAUGAGCAUCAAGAUUUCAAAGAAGAAAUGAAACGUUUGCGUAAAUUGAGAGGUAAAGCUCCACCCAAGAAAGGAGAAGGCAAACGUUCCAAGAAAUAAAGAAAAUUAUUUUAAAACUUUGAUAAUCAACAUUUAUUGUUAUUAGUUAUUAAUAAUUUAGCCUGUCCUUUAAAUACAACAUCGUUAUUUUGUUUACAUUCAUACGAAAUAAUAGAAA